AUGGAACCCCUCCGACAUCUAGUUCUGCCAAACCAACAGACUGCAAGACAACAUGGGAUCACUGAACAUGCGCCCACACACGAACAGUUCCGCAAAGCGCAAGGCAAGGCAAGAGCCGCUCCAAAUAUCUGUCGAGUGCUUGUCAGAUUUAUUGCGCUAGGGUUCGCAGCAUCCAUCAUCGGCGUGCUCGCCCAUGCCGCAGUAGUGUGGGCCACAACUCGAAAUGUCGUCGAGCAGCAAUCGAACGGUAUCCGCCAGCGUGCCUGGCCCAACCACAUUGACGUCUGGCCAACCUGGGUCAUGCUCGGGGCUGCGGUAUUCGCUGUUGUUGUGCAGAUCCUUUCGCUGCUCACGUUCUGCGGAGGGACCCGUCGCCUGCGCGAGAUGCACCUGCAUACCUGGGCUGUCUUUUUCACCUCCUUGCUUGGAAUCGCGGCGUGGAUCGCUGCUGCGGUGUACUUCAAAUGGCAAGACAACAAGGGCAACAAGAGCUGGGACUUGUGGUCCUGGUCGUGCACUCACAAAUCUCUCAAAAAUGGAAAGAUGUCCUUUGAGACGAUGUGUGUUGAAAUGAAAUACACCUUCUACGCCUCAAUCGUGGUGGCAGUUUUUGAAAUCGCAAGCUUGGCCGUCUUUGGAUAUAUGCUGGUGCGCCGGCGCAAGGGGGGACCUGGAUAUAGCAAGAUCAAUAUGUCGCAAACUUGA